UGCUUUCGGCAGCAGUAACAAAGGACUCAUGAGUUUCUCACCGCGUCUCGAAUCGAUCUCAAAAAGAAAACGCUCCAUGCAAAACCAGAUGAUCCUUUGUGGUUAAUACAGGAGUUUGCCGUGACGUAGAGGGGUUUUUUUUUAUUGGCUGUAGGACGGAGAAGCGGCUCCUGGGGUUCCUGAGAGUUUGAAAACUGAGAGUAAAACCUUUAUCUCCGAGUGGCGAGAGAAGGUAGAGUUUUAAAUAUAUUAUCACAAUGAAAAACAUAGAUUAACUAUAACCAGUUUAUUUGCUACUUAAACGUAUUUAUGUGUUAAUGUGUCAAGCUCAAGAAUAAAGGUUUCUUGCUGUGUCUCGGGCCUUUCCAAUAGGAGAGGUGCUUGUCUGAGCCGUUGUUUCCCAUCACUGCCAGAGAUGGUGCAGUGGCUCCGUUCUGUUAAGAGCUCCCACAGAAAUCCACUUGUCAUUUAGAACUGAAGAGUGCACACACACCCACACACACUCAUGGAUACACACUUAAUACUGUAAAGAAGAGGAUUGAGAAGCUUUUGUUUUUGUGUUUUAUUCCAGUGGACAAAUAUCCAACCCUGGGAGAGCUGUUAGCAAUUAAUUCAUCACAUCAGCUAAGGAAGUACAAUUUAAAUGUAACCCUUUUGUUCUUCAAAAAUUCUGACAAGAAACAAAAUAUUCCUGAAAUCUUAAUCUGUAUGAACACUGGCAAUCAUGAUUGGUAAAGCAGGGUUGAUCUUACUGAUGCUGUGGGGCUGUACUCUAUGUGGAAGCCAAACUUCAAUGCAGAAAUCGCCACAGGGAACUUUGGAUUUUGGGUUUGUUCCCUCUGGAGUUUAUGAAACGCAUGCAUAUUUUGAACCUGGACCUAUAGGAAUCCUUUUUCACAUGGUACACGCUUUCCUUCAUGUGGUGCAGCCCAAUCCUUUUCCUCAUGAUCUCGUCACAAAGCUGGCACAGCAGAAGUUGAGAGAAGUGAAACAAGACUAUCAAAAGCCAGAAAACAUUGUGCUGACACUCCAGGCCAUCUACUAUGAAAUCGGUUUCAUUGUAUGCGCUUCUCUGGGAGUGCUUUUUGUUCUGUUCAUGCCUCUUGUGGGGCUUUGCUUCUGCAUGUGUCGUUGCUGUGACAACUGCGGAGGGGAGAUGCAUCAGAGACAGAAGAAGAAUGCUGACUGCCGGAGAGGCUUCUUCGUAACAUUACUCUUUGUGACGUCUCUCAUAAUCUCAGCCGGUGUUCUGUGUGCGUACUCAGCCAAUCAAAAUCUAUCGACUCAGCUAAAGGGAGUCCGGAAGCUUGUCAAUAGCAAUUUCAGGGAUCUGAAAACCUUUGUAAACGACACUCCAGCGCAAAUCGAUUACCUGGCUAACCAGUACAACACUGCCAAAUACAAGGUCAUUUCCGACCUAGAUAAUAUAGGUCCUUUGCUUGGCAGUAGGAUUUGUGCACAGUUGGGAAAAGAGAUUAUCCCUGCACUAGAUGGGGCACUAAGUUUGGCUGGAGUCAAAGUGGAAAGGUCUAUCAAAGCCAUGAGAGAAACGAAAGAGGCUUUGGAGAACAUGAGUGUUUCGCGGGAGGUGUUGCAGGAAGCAACCAACAGUCUGCAGGUGAACCUGAUCAACGAGCAAGUGAGGCUGAGCAACACACUCAACGACCCAGCCUGCUCCGCGCCAGGGGUGUCCAGUACCUGCAGUGACAUCAGAAGAACACUGAGUCAGCUCAGCAUCAACGCAAACUACAGCGCGUUGCCUAAUGUAGACACGGAGUUGGCAAAUGUGAAAAAUGUUCUUAAGACGGACUUAAGUAACAUCGUUCAAAAGGGAUAUUCAACAUUUAAUGACACCCCAGAUCUGAUAAAGAACCAAACUAAGAAUAUUGUGGCAGACAUCAAGUCCAUUCUGGAUGACAUUGGGUCUAACAUCACCAGCUUCUCCAAGCAGAUCCCUCUUCAGGACACUCUUGCCAAUUUCACUCUGUACCUCAGUCAGAGCCAGUCAUACGUGGAGGACUACUAUCCUGUGAUUGACCAGUAUGAUUUCUACAGGUGGAUGGGCUGCAUCAUAGUCUGCUGCAUGGUGGUUCUCAUCCUUGCCUUCAACUUCCUGGGCCUGCUGUGUGGCACCUGUGGCUACGACAAGCAUGCCUCCCCCACCACCAGGGGCUGCAUCUCCAACACUGGCGGCAACCUGCUCAUGGCAGGUGUUGGGUUCAGCUUUAUGUUCUCCUGGGUGCUGAUGAUUAUUGUAAUGAUCACUUUCAUCGUGGGAGGAAAUGUCGAGAAGCUGGUCUGUGAGCCUUUCGAGAGCAGAGCUUUAUUUAAGGUUCUGGAUACUCCCUAUUUGAUGAAUCCAUAUUGGAAGAACGUCCUCCCUGGCUUCCUCUAUCAGAAUCCCGAAAUAGACCUGACCUUUGAAAAGCUUUAUAGUAACUGCAAAGAGAAUAAAGGCAUCUAUGCAGCACUACAGCUGGAUAAUAUUUUCAACAUCAGUGAAUAUUUAAACACAAGCAUGUAUACCAAGGAUGUGGUUGACGUGUUUGAAUUUGUAAAUGUGGAUCUGAGUGACAUGGUCCUACUUGACGCCAAUGCAAAACAGAAUCUUCUGAAUUUCACUAAUACAGGCAUAGUGAGCAUCAACUAUGAGGCCUACUUAGCAGAACUCAACAAAGGUGUUACAAAAGUGGAUCUAUUGUCAUUUGCUAAUGACCUGGAAGAUCAGGCAGACAAGCUGCCAAAGGGAGCGCUGGAGAAUGCAUUGAAAGGUCAUGCAAGCAGUAUUCGGUUCAUUCAUGGUCAACAGGUGGUGCCACUGGAGCAAGCCAUGAAAUAUGUUAAAGCAAGGAGCACUUUAAGUCAGAGUGUCCGGCUAUUGCAGAGGACUACGUCUGAUCUCCCAAAUAAAGUGAAUAAUGUUAUCGGUGCUCUUGAUGCAGCACAACGCCUCAUCAACAGCAAUGGAUCCUUAAUUAUUGCCCAGGAAACCGAAAAAUACAUGGAAAUGAUGAUCGGCUACUUUAAACAAUACAUAGACUGGGUCAAGAACUCUAUUAUAAUGGAAGUUGCAGCUUGCAAGCCCAUUGCCAAUGUAGUAGAUACGGUUGAGAUUCUAACCUGCAGCUUCGUGGCAGAUUCCUUGAACACUUUCUGGUUUGGCCUGGGGUGCUGCACUGUAUUUUUGAUCCCAAGUAUAAUCAUUUCUGUGAAGCUAGCCAAAUUCUUUCGCAGAAUGGACUCCGAGGAUGUGUAUGAUGACAUUGAGACUAUACCCAUGAAAACUAUGGAAAUUGGUAAUAAUGGUUAUCAUAAUGAACGUUUACAUGGUAUUCCAAACCCUGUAAUGACAAGCAUCCCUUCCUAUGACACUAUGACUAGAUUCCCCCGAGCUUCUGCUCCCCCAAGGCAAGCUGAGUGGGGAGACUAACCCAGGGUUUUCUGAUCCAGCCAAGUCUGGAAAAUUGGUAGAAGACACUGAAACUUUCUCAAGGGGAAAUCAAGCUCCCAUUUGAUUGACAGAAUGCCAUCAGUAUGUGCUAUCUAAAAGGAGUCUGUCACCUAGGCAGAUGGUUUCCGGCAGUUUCCGCCAUUCUUCAAUCCCACUAUCCCUAUCUUCUAUCCCUAUCUUCUAAAAUCAACGAGGAAUGAAAAUGUAUAACAUUGGUUAGCCCCCCCCCAAAAAAAACACACACACACACCCUACCUGUAUAAAUCAAAUCCCAAAUGUACGUUUACACUGUAGAAAUGUGUGGUAACAGUUAAAGGAGAAUCAUGUCACACUUCACAUUAGAUUAUGUAAAACCUAAAUCUUUCUUUAGCAGUGCUAUCCUACAUCACAGCUUGCCACAGUUGUUUUGCACGUUAUGUAGUUGUUGAUCAAUUUACUUUUGUUAUUUGAAACAAUAUAUCUGUACGUACAGUGCCUUGCAUAAGUAUUCACUCCCCUUGGACUUUUCCACAUUUUGUAGUGUUACAACCUGGAAUUAAAAUGGAUUUAAUUGGGAUUUUUACCAUUUGAUUUACACAACAUACUUAACACUUUGAAGGUGCAAAAUAUUUUUUAUUGUGACACAAAAGUUAUUUAAACAAAAAAAAAGACAUUUGUUGGUUGCAUAAGUAUUCACCCCCCCUGAGUCAAUACUUGGUAGAAGCACCUUUGGCAGCAAUUACAGCUGUGAGUCUUUUUGGGUAAGUCUCUACCAGCUUUGCACAUCUGGAUCCUGCAAUUUUUGCCCAUUCUUCUUGGCAAAAUUGCUCAAGCUCUGUCAAGUUGGAUGGGGACCGUUGGUGAACAGCAAUUUUUAAGUCUUGCCACAGAUUCUCAAUCGGAUUGAGGUCUGGGCUUUGACUGGGCCAUUCUAAGACAUUCAGGUUCUUGUUUUUUAGGGUCAUUGUCCUGCUGGAAGGUGAACCUCCGCCCCAGUCCCAGGUCUCUUGCAGACUGAAACAGGUUUUCCUCUAGAAUUUCCCUGUAUUUGGCUCCAUCCAUCUUGCCCUCAAUCCUGACCAGUUUCCCAGUCCCUGCCAAUGAAAAGCAUCCCCAUAACAUGAUGCUGCCACCACCAUGCUUCAUCGUGGGGAUGGUGUUCUCAGGGUGAUGAGCAGUGUUGGCUUUGCGCCACACAUAGCGUUUUGCACUAAGGCCAAAAAGUUCAAUUUUGGUCUCAUCAGACCAGAGAACCUUUUCCCACAUUUGCUGUGUCUCCCACAUGCCUUUUGGCAAAAUCCAAAUGGGAUUUGAUAUGGGUUUUUUUCAGCAAUGGCUUUCUUCUCGCCACUCUUCCAUAAAGCCCAGCUUUGUGGAGCGUCCGGGCUAUAGUUGUCCCAUGGACGGUUUCUCCCAUCUCAGAUGUGGAUCUCUCCAGCUCCUUCAGAGUUACCAUUGGCCUCUUGGUUGCUUCUCUGACUAAUGUCCUCCUUACCUGGUCACUGAGUUUUGGUGGACGGCCUUCUCUAGGCAGAGUCGCGGUUGUGCCAUAUUCUUUCCAUUUUUUAAUAAUGGAUUUAACAGUGCUCCGGGGGAUGUUCAAAGUUUGGGAUAUUUUUUUAUAACCCAACCCUGAUUGGUGCUUCUCCAGAACUUUAUCCCGGACUUGUUUUGAUAACUCCUUGGUCUUCAUGAUGCUGUUUGUUUAGAUAUGCUCUCUAACAAACUCUGGGGCCUUCCAGAAACAGGUGUAUUUAAUCUGAGAUCAUGUGACACUUUAAUUGCACACAGGUGGACUCCAUUCAACUAAUUAUGUGACUUCUGAAGGCAAUUGCUUGCACCAGAGCUUAUUUAGGGGUGUCACAGCAAAGGGGGUGAAUACUUAUGCAAUCAAGACUUUUCAGUUUUUUAUUUGUAAGUAAUUUUGAAAAAUAUGUAGAUUUUUUUCCCCACUUUGACAUUAUGGACUAUUUUGUGUAGAUCAGUGACAAAAAAUCCUAAUUAAAUCCAUUUUAAUUCCAGGUUGUAACAAUACAAAAUGUGGAAAAGUCCAAGGGGGGUGAAUACUUAUGCAAGGCACUGUAUCUAUAAAUGUAUCAAAAAAAAAAAAGGAAAACUGCAGGUAUUUUGAAAAUGGUAUAUAUUUAUGCUAAGGUAGUUCUUUGUUUAGGUUUGUUUGUUAUUUCAGUUAUGAUGCGAUUGUAUCUGCAUCUAGUAUAGUGGCAGCAAUUGAAUACUUGCAGUGCUGUGCUGUGGAAUAGCAUCUCAGGUUACAGUAUGAACUACUAGCAAGCACAGUAUCCUUUCAACCACACAAAGUGAGUAUACUGGUCUCCAUGGCCAUCUCAUCCUCAGCCUCUUUGAGAGGUUGUCUGCACACAUGUUCCAAAUGGUACAGAUUGUCACAUGGGCUCCUGUCUGCUGGCCUCAGACCAACACAACUCAUUUCAUGUGUUAUAGGUUCCCCACAACCACCAGGUCAGUUUGAACAGAAGCCUUUAGGAAAUAUAUAUUUAGGUCUAGCAGGCCAUAAUAAAGAGGUGUUUUUUCUUCAUGGUGGUGUUUCAGUAGGUAUUUUUUAUUAAAAAAAAUAAACAAAGGAUACUGUUGUUUUAAGCCAUUUUUUUGGUAGAUCUCUUCUUCCUUGUCUCAGCUCUUCAGAGAAAGAGUCUGUUUACAAUGAAAUAACAAAAUGGUUGAAUAAGGUUACAACUUUGAUUGCAUAAUCAAGUUUUACUUAAGAUACAGAUUUAGUUACAGAUGCAAUAUAAUGCUAAAAAGGAUCUGACGGCUAACUGCAUUUAUAAUGAUUUCACAGAAAAAGACAUGGCAGCUUAGCUCAUUCUUCAGGUGUUUUCUGUGUUGUUGUUUUUUAAACAUUUUAGCUUAAAUAUAAAAAGUCAUUUAAAUGAAAGUUGAGACAUUUUAUGGAUGAGUAAUGUUCACUUUUGAUAAGUGUCUUGUGUAUUUUUUUCCAUGUUUCUAUGUGUUGUUAAAUAAAAGGCAAGGUCGUUCACCUUAACACCUGUAAGAUCUGCCAUAAACUGUUCCCUAUGAGUGCUAAACACAAACAUAAAUCUACAUGUAUAGGUGCUUGCAAUCUGCCCAUGUUUAGAGUUGCACAAUUUGUGAAAUAGCUUUUUACAACAGUAGGAAUUAUGAUGGCAACCACAGGAAGUACAGUAUAUACCACUGGUCAGGUGAAGUGUAAAAAUGUUAAUAAAGAUUUUAACCCAGUGAGUUAAUGUGGUAUUUAAUGUUACUUUUUCACAAUAAUUUCAAGUACAAUGCGCAGAUACAGUACAAGUUAGACAAAAUAAACCUCUUUUUUCUUUUUUUUUUUUUUUUAGUAAAAGAAAAUUUGUAUACAACGUUCACUGUUGUAAAUGUACAAGCGGUUUCUAUUUUUAACUUGCUGAAAUGUUCCCAUUCAAUAAAAAAAAGUAUUGUUAAAUAUGUAA